GAGUAGAGACUAAAGUCCAACAUAAAUCUUGUUUAGUUGUUUUUUGAUAGCGCUGCGGAAUGCACCGAGUUUGGAAGUUGCUAACUGUCUGUGGUUAACCUUUUGUUGUUUUAGAAUAUUUUAUUCACUAAAAAGUAAAACUGAUAAAACGAAACGCACAAAAAUGAGCCCAAACCUGUUUCGCGCGGUGCUCAUGGGUGCACCAGGGUCGGGCAAGGGAACAGUGUCUUCUCGUAUAGUGAAAACAUUUAGUAUGAAAUACAUCUCGAGCGGCGAUCUGCUACGAAGUAACAUAGAACAGAAAACGGAUUUAGGCAACAUUGCAGAUCAGUACAUCAGAGAUGGGAAACUAGUACCCGAUAUUUAUAUAACCAAAUGUAUCCUAAGUGAGUUAGAAAAACUUAAAUCGAAGUCUUGGUUAUUGGAUGGUUUUCCUCGCACACUUGAUCAGGCAGAUGAAUUGUUGCACACCGAGCCGAUUAACACCGUUAUCAAUCUAGAUGUGCCUUUUGACGUAAUCAUAGACCGAUUGAAAAGUCGGUGGGUUCACCUUCCAAGUGGGAGAGUAUACAAUAUCGGUUUCAACGAUCCUGCAGUGCCUGGAAAAGACGAUGUUACCGGUGAGCCACUUAUCCAACGGCCAGACGAUAAUCCAGUGGCAGUUCGAAAACGAUUGGAGGUUUAUGAAGCUUGUACUAAACCAUUAAGCACAUACUUUAAACAACGAGGAUUAUUAGUUACGUUUAGUGGCAAAACGACUGAUGAAAUAUGGCCUAAUGUAAAAAAAUAUCUAGAAGAAAAAAUAAAAUAGUAACAAUCAUAACAUUUCCAAAAUAACACUGGCUUUUCCGAGCUGACUGUGCAAUACAAUUAGACAGUGGACUGAUAAGGGAUUUCAUGUACAUUCAACAUGAUAUAGAUAAGGACAAAUUAUGGUGCGAGGCAGAUGAUGUUGAAUAAAACUUGCUAUCAAUUAUUAA